GUCUCCCGUGCAUAUCGCCUACCGUUCCUCUCAGGCCCUGUUGUCAAACAUGUUACAACAAGAUGCUCAUCGCGUGCGACGAGAACUACGUGCCCAGAUGGUCGCCUGGUGCACGUAGAAAGAAAGAGCGGGACGAAAAGGAGGCACUUGCCUGGUCCCCAUCUGAGGUCCACUCGAUCGACCUGAUGCUCUCGGCGGGGUACCACCCAUUCGUCUUUGGUGGAGCUCGAGUGGACGAAGUGGAAGUGAAGCGAGGCAAAGGCGCGCCGACGAGAUUAGACGUGGAAAGCGAAAAGACGGAAGAGGUGACCGAGUCAGAUGAGAGUGACAUGCUGGUCUCUCCUGUUGAGCAUGACGUGUCUAUCCCUUUCGGGCCACACAAAUAUCCCUCUGUGAUGAGCCCCUCUGCCGAAGACAGGGCAUUUGCAGACAUACUCCCCGUUUCAAUUUGUCGUCCGCUUCAGGGUGAAAGACCCAUCUCUCCUCCAACCACCUCUCCCGAGAAAAUCAACGGCCGACGGCUGUCCUUCACGGAGCGAUCGUCCUUGAUGUUACAGGCAUGUCUUCGUGGUGGUUCCACAGUCUUGAAGAGCGUGGCGAGUGGAGAGGGGAAUAUGAAUGUCAAAUUGUUGUGACUUUGUCCUCUAUUCUAUCUCUAGGGUUGCGCAGUUUAUGCUUCCUGUACACUAAUGUGCAAU